AGUACUGCAGCAGAGGCAGCAAAGAGGUGUGAUGAAGACAGUCCAGGUGGUCAGACAGAGCUACAUCAUCCAUAGGCAGGACAGCGCUUGAUUUAGUUGCACCAAGCAGUUGUAGUGCUCACUUUGAUGCAUCAUCCCUGAGGUGGGAGCAUUACUAUAUUUUGGGUAGACCAUUGAUUUGUUAAAGUGUUUUUAGUUAAAGCUGCUUCACAGAUUGUGUUCGAAACAGCAUAAAAUAGCAACGCAAAUUUUCACAGAGGCACUCUUACGAAUGAUAAGAAAAGGCAGAAGAUUAGGAGUUGCCAAGGAUAACAAAUUCACGGCAAUGGUAAAGAGAAACCGAUUAUGAAGACAUUCACGAUGGAUAUUAAUAAGUUAUUAAUAAUCUUUUGCUUCUCGAAUCCAUGAUUUAAAAGUGGUCCAGCCCCUUCUGAAUCCACUGCUGAAUGAAAGCCUCUCUAAUUUGCGUCGGUCAUGGGGGUUGUUUGACCAUACUUCAUGCUGGACACUGCACGUUGCAAUGGGGCCCAGGACCGGUUCAUAAAUUACUCACCACUCAUGUUUGCCGUGGCUGGCAAAGUUAUCUUUUGAUGUAUUAUUUGUGAUUUUGUAAUGUCACGUAAUCUUACAAUUCCCAAUGUAUGCUCUGUAUAAACGUAUGCUCCUUUUUGAUGAGGAGCAGUAUUAUGGGAGUGAAGCCACACGUUUGGUGGACAAUGUGAAUGUCGUUGUCUUUUGAACAGGAAACUUUAAUGGUGAUAUUGAGGAUGACUUACUGAUGCCAAAUGGGUCAUUGGCUGCUUCCGAAACCAAGCUGGGAAACAGUUGGAUAUCAGAUAACAGCUCAGCUGACUGCGACGUUGACUUUGAGCCUCCAGGUCCCUGUGAUGCAGAAGAACAGGCUAAGUUUGAAUCGGAGGAAUUUUGUGGAAAGAUACAUGAUGUCAAUGGAGCAUUCCAAGAGUGCCAUGCAGUGGUCAAUCCAGAGCAAUUCUUCAUCACCUGCGUUCUUGACCAGUGCUGGAUGGAUGGGAACGAGCAGUUCCUCUGUGCCUCCAUGCAGACCUACGCUGAUCAGUGUGCCCAGCAUGGGGUCAUCAUUAUGUGGAGGAACGACACCUUCUGCCGUGAGUACAGACCUGUCUGAGCUUUAAUCCGUUACACAUCACAUUGCAUGAGACUGGGCCUUGUUUUUAUUAUGUGGAAGCACAAUGUACAUCUGUGUGGUUUGUUCAUUUGUAUAGCUGCUUGCAGUUGUGCAUCCCCAUUGUAAUUUAUCUCUGAGUAUGUUUAUCAUUUGUGUUGACAGCGCUCGAAUGCCCUGCAGACAGCCACUAUGAGAGCUGUGCCCCAACGUGCCCAGCCACGUGCAGCAAUGUGACCCUCCCAGGUGCCUGCCAGCAGCCCUGUGGGGAGGGCUGUGUCUGUGAUGAGGGUUUUGUCUUCUCAGGAGACAAGUGUGUCCCUCAAGAUCAGUGUGGCUGCAUGGACGACAACGACCUCUAUCACCCGGUGGGUUAACCCUUCACAUCAUGUGAAUUAAACGGUGAUCAUUUAUUAAUAUCCACAUAGGCAAGCUAAGCUAUGAAUUGUUUUGGUAUAUGACCUACAAGUGUGCAUUUUCAUUUUUAAGACUAAUAUAUAAGUAAAGAUGGAGUGCAUUAAGUUUCACGCUGGAGUAAAAUGGUGAAAAUUAUGAACAAAAUGAACAAAUGCAAUGUAUGUAUGUUGCAAUGAUGUUGAAAUAUAUCAGAUAAUGUUUCAGUAAGCUUUUCCUAUUACGUAUAUUUCAUGAUUCUCAUCGUGCAUUGUUUUUCACAGCUUGGGGACAGCUGGUUUGCAACACAGAACUGCAGUCUGCAUUGCUCUUGUGGCGAUGCUGGAGGCAUGGUCUGUGAGCCCUGGCAGUGUGGAGUCGCCGAAAUCUGCAGUGUGCAGAAUGGAAGCCUGGGCUGUCACAGCUAUGGUAAGAUUUUCCCUACAUGUCCUACCCCAAUAUAAGAAAUAAUCAAGACCGUUCAUUUGCAAUGACUUUUCAGCCCAUAAAAUGAUAGUGGUAUUGCUACAAAAAAUAUAAUAUUGUAUGCGUAUUUUGUGUUAAUCUUAAAAUUAUGCUUCUCUUUGUGAUACAUAAAUGUUUAAUUGCGUAUAUUUUUACCACAGAUACCACAACAGUUUCACCACCAACAACAACUACGCCUCCAAGCAUAAGUAAUCAUGGACUGCACAUCGAUAUCUCUUGCCCAGGAUAUUUACUUACAAAUCAAUUUGUUAAGAACUUGUACUGUAACAUAUUUUCGUUUCCUUGAUGAUGAACACAUUCUAAACAUAAAAUGCUCACGAUGGCAUGAGAAGGAAAUUGGUUGCUUAUAUUGAAAAUGUAUUUAACACAGCAUAUAUCCUGCUAAACUGAGUUUCCUUGUUCAAAUCCUGGCAGUUAACUGCUUUAUUCUCAUUGUUCAAGGAUUGCAUGUUGAUGGUUCAAAUACGAACUUGAGUGAUUGAAACAAAUCUUGCCUGUUUUAACUUCAUUUGGUGUAGUCCUAAUUUGAUUGGAGAAU